AUGUUAGGACUCACCAAACCAAGAACAAGCCCCCGCAAUCCGGACGAGUUUCCGACCGCCCAGCUCUUUCUCCUCGCCCUCAUUCGAGUCGCGGAACCCAUCGCCCUCACUUCUAUUUUCCCCUAUGCCAUAAAGCUCGCCGCUCACUAUGGCACCCCUGAAUCGCAAGCCCCCUUCUUUGCGGGCAUCCUCAUCUCUGCCUUCUCUCUCGCCGAAGCCUGCAGCGGCAUGUACUGGGGCGGUGUCUCGGAUCGGAUAGGUCGUAAGCCAGUCCUGCUUAUGGGUUGCUUGGGCACCGUCUCCUCACUGCUAGUCGUCGGAUUCGCGUCCAACUUUUGGGUCGCGCUCGCUGGCCGGGUCCUUGGGGGCGUCCUCAAUGGCAAUAUCGGCGUAAUACAGACCAUGGUUGGCGAGCUGGUUAAAAAGCCAGAGCAAGAACCGAAAGCCUAUGCCAUUAUGCCGUUUGUGUGGAGUAUCGGAACCAUCAUCGGACCCGCCUUAGGAGGUAGUUUCGCGGAACCGGCAGACAACUUUCCGUCUCUCUUUUCUCGUUCCAGCCUCUUUGCCAAGUUCCCGUAUCUUCUUCCCAACGUCAUUUGCACUGGGUUGCUCGUCAUUGCCAUUUUUGCAGGCUACAUUCUUCUUGAAGAGACUCAUCCUGACAUGCAGCCAUGGAGCACUCAAGAGGAUCUCGAUGCCACUACCGCGGAAACGCCGCUCUUGCCGACUCAAGGCGCCACCGCCAAUGCUGCGGCAAACUUGACCACAGAGUGCUACGGAACAUUCGAUGCUGUAGAUGUCCAGCGCGAUGAGCUAUGGCGCGUCAAGUCGAAUGGCGAAUGGAUAGAAGACUCCUCGAAUGAUAAGGUCAUUACGAGGACCGUCCUCACCUUCGUCUUCGCACUCGGCAUCUUCACAUAUCAUUCGAUGACUUACGAUCACCUGUUGCCUAUUUUCCUUCAGGACAAACGAGCCGAUGAUAUCUCUGCAUUCGCAAUUUCCCCCGCAUAUUUCACGGGCGGUCUAGGCAUUCCUCUUCAAGAUGUUGGUAUUAUCAUGUCCAUUAACGGAUUGAUUCAGCUCUUCAUUCAAGCCGCCGUCUUUCCGGUCCUUGCUUCGUGUUUCGGCGUCUGGAAGCUCUUGAUCUUGGUCACCCUUGGUCACCCUGUCGCCUACUUGAUUGUUCCCUUCCUUUCCUUACUCCCGCCGAACCUUCUUUAUACUGGCAUUUACACUUGCCUCACUGUCCGAAGCCUCACCUCGAUCGUCGCCUAUCCGCUCCUCCUGCUCAUGGUCAAAGAGGCUGCGCCCUCUCCGAGCCAUCUGGGCAAGAUCAAUGGCCUUGCAGCUAGCACCGGAGCUGCCUGUCGAACAGUUGCAAGCCCUAUUGCUGGCCUGCUCUACGGGCUCUCGAUUGAUCUUCGCUUCACGCCCCUUGCGUGGUGGGUGUCUGCCCUCGUUGCCAUAUUCGGCGCUUUCCAGAUUCCUUUUCUGAGCCGCGAAGCCAGCAACUGCAACGCAAGGAUCCAUACACCAGCGGGUUGCCGUCUUUCAAAGGGUCGUCACAAACCGAAUGAGGUGGUUCGCAUUACGGUUGAGAUUGCGGAAGAGGCGUAA